AAAAAAAGAAAAUAAAACUUCACAUAUACAUAUUCAAAAAAGUAUACAAAAAAUUUUUAUAAUAGUCCAUAGUAAACAAUAUAAAAAGAAUUAUGUUAAGUGAAAUAUAUAUUAGUGUUUUGUGGUGAAAUAGUGAUUUUCAUACCUAAAACAGAAUUCAGUAGAAUUUUUUGAAAGUAGGUAUUUAACCUCUACUCAACUUAUGUCAUAUUUCUUCACGAAUCACGAUUCAGAACUGAGAGCUCAUAUAAAUUAUAUCAUUUGUAUGCUUAAAAUAGUUAGAAGUUCAUUUAAUUAUAAAUUGUUUUAGUAAUGGCCGAACACGAUGACAUGUUGACUUCAUCUAUGAAUCAAAGGCAAGGAUUUGAAAGAAAUAAAUUUGUGUAUGUUAACAGGAACAGAGAGCCUAUGUUACAAAAAUCAAAUACCGUCCUAAUAAAUCCACAUUUCAAGGAAAAUAAAACGGUAUUUCUGAAUCCCAAUUUUCAAAUUGCCAAGAAUGAAACUACUAGACCUAAAGUUCAUAUAAACCCUAACAUAUUGAAAUCUAUUACAUCAUUAUCUCAACCAGCUACAGUAAACUCUUUACAGUCAAUUGAAAUACCUACUUCAUACCUUCAAAAUGCUGGCAGUUCAACUAUGUCUUUUGAGAAUAAAAAGAUUCAAACAAUUGAUUAUAGAAUGAAGCAGGUUGAAAAACUUACCCCUGCAGUUCCAGUUAUAAAAAAUACUUAUUGUCAUAUUCAGAAAGCAAAUUCUUAUUGUAAAAUCAAUUCUUUUGACAAUCGUAAGAUAGUACACACUAAAACUAAAAUUGUUAAUAUACCCCAAAAGAGUACAUCAAAUUUAACUAUGAAUUCUAUUGCUUCUCAAAAGUCAUUCCCGAUUACUGAAGACUCUGAUGCAGAAAAACCAAAAUGUUAUCAAGGAAAUAAGAGAAAAAUCUAUACAAGACUGAAGAUUGUCAAUAUACCUGAAAAUGGAAAAGAAAAUAUCAAAUCCCCAAUUGUCCAACAAAAAACAGAUCUUCGUAAUAGAACUAACUCAAUUCAUACCAGAUUCAAAUAUAUAAGGAAAGAAAAACCAUUACCAUCAAUUCAUACCAAUCAGAAAUUGAGGUUAUUACCAGCAUUAUAUAGCCAAACUUCAGAGUCAAUGAAAACUGGAAAUUUACGAAGAACUGUUAUAAAUGAUAACAAUUCACUCCGAAGGAAUUCAAUUGUUACUCGAUAUAAGUACAUAAGAAAUGGAGCAAAACUCUUAAAAGUCAAUAAGAAUUCUAUGAAAACAAAGUAUAAAAUUGUGAAUAACAUAUCUAAUAGCACUCCAGAAGUGAAAAAAACUACUAAUAGCCCCAAUUCACCAGUAUAUCGUAAAAAAUAUGUAUUUAUCAAUAAAUAUAAUAGUUCCAGUUUCCUAGCCAGCAAUGUCAUUUUGAAGAAUACCAAACAAAGAAAUUUGAUAAAUAUAAAUGGCAUUUUAUACCAAAAUUCUCCAUGCCUUUUAAAAAGAGUCUCUCCAACUUCUAAAAGUAAAAAUCAUAUACCUUCUGUGUUAAAAGGAAAAGUUCCCAAGGGGCAAGUGAUAAAAUGUCAAGGGAAAUAUAAAAUUGUUCGGUCCCAGUUAGCUUCAGCUUCGAAAUUGAAAAAGAGUAAUAUAGCUUGUCUAAUAUAUAAGAAAACAGGAAAAUGUAGUGGUCAAAAAAAUGGAAAGUGUAUAAAGGUUCACAAUCCUGACCAAAUCAUUCUAUGUAAAAGUUUUUUACGAGGUGAAUGUCAAGAUGAUAACUGUUUGUUAUCUCAUAAAGUUUCAUCUGAGAAGAUGCCAACUUGUAAAUACUUUUUGGAAGGACUAUGUACUAAAGUUGAAUGUCAGUAUUUACAUGUCAAAAUAAGUCCGAAUGCUGAAAUUUGUAGAGAUUUCCUUGAAGGAUUCUGCAAAGAUGGAAUUAAGUGUGAGAAAAGGCACCAGUUCCUAUGUCCAGAAUAUGAAAAAAACAAGAAAUGUUCCAAACCAAAGUGUAGAUAUCCACAUGGGUCUUCAAAAGUUAUGAAACCAAAGUCUCUGAAGAAAAACCCUAGGAAAAUUAUUGCACCAAAAGUAACAAAAACUAGGAAAGUAGAACAGACAGUAGGAGAAAUACCUGAAAAUAAUCAAAUACGUUAUUACAAAGACAACUCGAAAAAUAAGACUGAAGAAAGUCCAUCUGAAGUAAAAAGAUGUAAUUCUGAGAAUGUUGAAGAAAUGACAAUUCCUAAAAGGAAAAAGCUAGGAUCACUACCAUCAUUCAUACCCAUACUUUGAAUGAAUUUGAUUAUUGUGGUAUCUUAUUUUUCUCAAGUAUAAACUUUUUUCUUCACAAA